GGCGAAGACGCGAGAAUAUUCACCGUCCCUGAAGCAUGUCUCAGCUCGCGCUCACUCUUCUUCAAAAAGGUGUUGUCUGGCAAUUGGAAGGAAGCAGAAGACCGCACGAUCAAGCUGCCAGGGGACGACGGUGACACCCUCGAGCUGUACCUGUGCUGCGUGUUCGGUCACAGACUGCCUGUGGAACCCGACCCCACACCCGCCAUCGAUACAGGCCAAGAAGAGCGGCUAAGCCUGGCCAAGCUAUACGUGUUCGGUGAAAAUAUUCAAGAUGUGCGAGUAAAGAACGUGUGUAUCAAGACUUUCCUCCAAAGUAAUUGGAAGAUUCGCCACAACAACAUCUGGUGGAGACCAAAUGAAAACAUCGUCAAUGUUAUCUACAAAGGGACGGAAGUGGGGUCUCCGAUGUGUCGCUUGCUUUUCGACAUCCUUGCACAC